AUGCCGCUCUGUCUCACUUUCAUCGACUUGAAGAAGGCCUUUGACUCAGUUGAGACGGAAGCGGUCGUGGAAGCCUUGGACAACCAAGGCGUUCCCACUCAGUACAUAAAGGUGCUUCGAGAGUUGUACAGUAACUUCACGACCGGAAUCUCGCCAUUCUACAAGAAUAUCAUCAUUGACGUGAAGAGGGGGGUUCGACAGGGUGAUACAAUCUCACCCAAAAUAUUCACAGCCACCCUCGAGAACGCAAUGCGAAAGUUGGAAUGGGACGACAUGGGAGUGAAGAUCGAUGGUCGGCAGCUACACCAUUUGCGCUUUGCUGAUGACAUCGUACUGAUAACACCUAGCAUCAGCCAAGCGGAACGAAUGCUGACCGAAUUCGCCGAAACAUGUGGAUGCAUCGGUCUUGAGCUGAAUCUUCAAAAGACGAUGUUCAUGCGGAACGGAUGGAUCUCGGAUGCCCCAUUCACGCUCAACGGAACGAACAUAUCCGAAUGCACCAGCUACGUCUAUCUGGGUCGGGAAUUGAACAUGAUGAACGACCUGACCCCCGAGCUGGGCAGGAGGAGACGAGCGGCUUGGGGAGCGUACAAGAGCAUCGAGGAUGUAGUGAAGAAGACCAGGAACACCCGGCUCCGCGCUCACCUCUUCAACACCACCGUACUUCCUGCUUUGACCUAUGCCUCAGAAACCUGGGCACUUCGCAAGCAGGAAGAAAACGCGGUGAGCGUCAUUGAACGCGCAAUUGAGAGAGUGAUGCUAGGAGUAUCCCGUUUCAAGCAAGUGAGAGACGGGAUUCGAAGUUCUCUCCUACGUCAGCGAUCGAAGAUCAGAGACGCCGCCGCGUUUGCCAAGGAAAGUAAAAUAAGGUGGGCCGGACACGUGAUGCGCUUUAACGACAACCGUUGGACCAGAGCCGUGAGCGACUGGAUUCCCCGCGAUAUUAAGCGCAAUACAGGAAGACCGCCGACCCGAUGGUCAGAUUUCUUCACGAAGUCCUUCAAAGAAAAUUACGAUGCUCUUCGUGUCCCACGCGAAAGGAGGAACCACUGGGCUACUCUGGCACGCGACCGGGACAAAUGGAAGAAUUACUGGCGCCCGCUCGACCGGUUCGAAGACCAACGGGAGUCAAGGUGA